CGUGGAACCACGACACUCCGCAUGAGAGCCGCAAAAGCAGACAUCAUGGGUGGAUGCUUACAUCGGCCAUAGUUGCGCUGGGCUGCCACAACGGCCAGCCCGACCAUGAGGAUGAGACCGAGUUCGAAACGAAGCGUCACCAUCAUCAGCGGCUCAGCAAACAUCGCGGAUGAUGUGCUCACUCGGCGGCUAAGACCUCCUAUGCGCCACAACGAAAAAGGGAAGCGCGGCGGAGGGGGCUUCCUGCGCGUAAACUCGUGAUGCCUCCCUUUCACGGGGAGGAAACAGAUUUUGACAGCAUCCCACAGCCAAUACCCAUGAACCUGAUGGCGGCUCCCUGCGAGGUGCACGUGUUGCCCUGUCAGAUAGGCGAUAACAACCGUUGUGUGGAAGAUCUGCGAUGCAACUUCCUCACCUACGAUGAGGUGCCACCAAAGACAAGGACACCAAAGCGCCGCACCAUCCCUCCUCUCUCUCCUUCCCUGCAGCCGACUCCCUGGUGGAUGACCAGCAAGCCUCCGCCCGCCAACGUUAACGAAGCCGAAGCCGCUGGCGAGGAGCAGGACGACCAGCCGCAGGCGGCCGCUCCGGCCAAGACCAAGAGUGAGCUGCUGCACGGCCGUCUGCUGCGGGGGACGGCCAUCAAGCUGGCCGACUACGGGAUGAGGGGCAUUGUCGGGGUGGCGGAGGAGGCUCAAAGGGCCGGGGACGGUGAGAUUGGGGAGGGGGCUGUGGAUUUCUCCGCUGUGGAGGGCGCCAGGGUGCUCAAGUCUGUCGGAGAGUUCGAUGAGUUCACGUAAGCGGACGGCUGGGCUGUCCUCAGGGAGAUGCAUGGCUCUCUCUUUGUGCGUGUGUGAUGCAGGUACUGGAACCAGGACUCGUGGCCGCGCAAGAAGGACGACAUCCAGCAGUGCAUGAUCUAUACCAUCAUGGCAAAAGCGGUCGGUCACACACCGCAGCCGCACCCGCAACUGCCCGUACCCAUUGCCACCAUCUUUCUUCUCCUCUGUGACUGUCUGCUGUGCGCUCAGCUGCAUGAUACCAGUGCAGAUGUGGAGGGCAUUGCUGGCCCGGCCAUGAUGAGUGAUAGCUGAGUGGGUGAGCAGGGGAC